CAUUGUUGUGUUUAUUGCUUCAAGCCCAAUAUAAUCCCCGUCCUCAUGGGAAUGGUAUGGACUAGAGCCAACGCCCAAAGCUGCACCUCCACACUCACCAGCCUAGCCCCUUGCCUAAACUACAUUACAGGAAAUUCGUCCACCCCAUCAUCUACAUGCUGCUCACAGCUGAAGACUGUCGUUCAAUCAUCACCACAAUGCCUUUGCUCUGCGUUUAAUAGUGGCGCUUCAUUGGGAAAUGGGAAUUACUCUAACUGGACUCAACUCCCUGGUUCUUAUCAGGUGCAAACUCCAUCAAUUAACCAGUGUAACGGUGGAACAUCUUCAACUCCAGAAACUCUACCAGCAGCAUCUCCAACUGGUUCACCUUCAGAUCCUUCUGAUAAAACACCAUCAGCAUCAGACAUUCCUUCAGGAACAGGAUCUAAAUCUGUCCCAUGGAUUGACGGGGAAUCAUCCGAUGCAAGCAUAGCCAAAGCCUCCCUUCAUUCUGUCCUCUUCCUUCUCCUCAUUGCAACGGUCACCAAAUUCUGAGUUAGUAAGGGUCCUCCGUAGGAAAUUGUUGCCUGUUAUAGUGUUGCUGUUGAUUCUUUUUCUCCCUUGUUUUCCUGAUAUGAUUCUUGCUUCCCAUUAUACGAGUGUUGUUGUAUUGCUUUGUUUGAGUUGUUUAAUGAUAACUUCAGUUCAACAGUUGUAUUUUGUCUGCUGCUGACUGCUGUAUUGGUUGAAAACUUGAAUGUUGAAAAUUUUCAAUGAAUCCUUGUAAAUAAUCAUACAGAAACAAUUAGAUACAGUGACUAAAGUGGACAAAGCACUACUGUUUCAAUAUCCAAUCCAUCAAUAUUUCAUACCCUCGUAGCAUUGAUGAUUUAUGAACGCAAUGCUAAUAUACAACAGAAAUAACCUCAAAUACGGUAACGAGAAACGACCACAUAGAAAAUAGACGAAUUUAGGAACAUCGA